AUGGGGGGCGCACGAGGGGCGCGUGCGGCGGCGGGCGCGGGCGCAGGUUGUUGGGGCGACCGACGCGCGCGCAACAUGUUCACAAGCAUCAAGGGCUUCUGGAAGGUGUGUCGCUAUGGCGACCUUUACAUGGUAUUGGCGGCACUGGCGGCGCAGUCUAUCAACAUUUCAGUGGGCUUCUGUCAAGGGUUCUCAGCGGUUCUGCUACCCCAGUACACACACGAACACUCCGCAAUAACGUAUGAGCAAAGUUCAUGGAUCGCCAGUUUGGGUGUGAUAUCGAACCCCAUCGGAGCCCUUCUGGGCGGCAUGAUGGUGGAUGCCGUGGGGAGGAGAUUGCUGUUGCAGUCCAUCGUGCUGCCCAACCUGGUCGGGUGGCUCGUCAUCGCGUUCUCAGAGACCUACAUCUUCCUAUGCAUAGGGAGGUUCAUCACCGGGUUUACUAUCGGCAUGUCAACGGUCUCCUACAUAUACGUGGCAGAGAUCACCACACCAGAGAAACGUGGAGUGCUCAGUGCCCUAGGGCCGGGGCUUGUGUCCACUGGCAUCUUCAUCGUCUAUUCGUUGGGAGCCUUCGUACAUUGGAGGAAAGUCGCAGCCAUCUGCGCCGGCGUGUCCCUCCUAACACCCUUCUUAAUGUACUUCGUUCCCGAGUCACCUCUGUGGCUCGCGUCAAAAGGACAAAUGAAGGAAGCCUAUAACGCAAUGUUCUGGCUCCGACAGAAUAACAGUACAGCACAACAAGAGCUAAUGGAGUUCACAAAAGACAGAAAAGUAGGAGAAAACAUGACCUUCACACAAAAACUCCAUCUAUUCACGAGAAGAAGCGUCGUCAAGCCGUUCCUUCUACUCAUCAUUUUCUUCAUUUUCCAAGAAAUGUCUGGCAUUUACGUAAUUUUGUACUAUGCGGUGGACUUCUUUAAGUCUGUGGGAACCAGUGUCAACGAGUUCACAGCGUCUAUCAUAGUGGGCGGAGUACGAGUCUUUAUGGGAGCUGUUGGAGCAUGUUUAAUUAAUAGCUUUAGAAGAAAAACUCUAGCAGCCACUUCAGGGCUGCUACUAGGUGUAGCUAUGCUCGGUGCAGCAGUGUGCGAUAGUGUAAACGGGCCACCAUUGGUGAAACUAGCUUGUGUACUACUUCACGUGUCGUUCAGUAUGGUGGGAUUCCUACAGCUGCCCUGGAUCAUGUCUGGAGAACUGUAUCCCCACGACAUACGGGGAGUAAUGUCUGGCGCUACAUCUUGCUGUGCAUACGUCCUCAUAUUCUUUAACAUUAAGACUUACCCCCAAUUAGAAAAACUAGUAACUAGUAACGGUACAUUGUACCUCUUCGGAGGCUGUGCGCUCCUGGGAGCUGCGUACUGUUACUUUUUCCUUCCAGAGACGAAAGGAAAAACUUUGACUGAAAUAAUGAGGCAAUUUGAUGAUGAGAAGAAAGAAAUUGACCCUGAAGUAGGAUUCACGAAAGAGAAGCCAUGUGCAAUGGAGGGAAAACCAGUACAAAGGCGACACAGUGCAGGAGCUACAAUCUCUUUAGAGAAGAAGUGGACGCAGGAUGAAUGCAAGAAGACUUCAGAUCACUGCGAGUAACUCUCGUAGUUCUAUGAUAGCCUAGUACUUUUAGUUGUAAUGAUUAAUUUACCAAUGAAUUUGUAAAGUUAACUAUUUGUAAUAUUAUUGUAUUGUUUGUGAAGUUGUGAUCAGUAUUAAUUAGGAUGUUUUUAAACUUUUGAUAAUGUUACAUUCCACUAGUGAUAAAUAAUUUUAAUACAAGGUGACGACAUAGGUAUACUUACACGGUAAAGUUUUACCUAGUUUUUAAGUACAAAUAAAUAUUGGUGUAACAAAAUCGAGGCAAUGAAGUGAUUAAUAAAGUAAUUAGUAUUUUUAUAUCGCGCAGUUAGGUAGAUGAUAUUUUUAUAUUGUUAUAUUGAUAAUAACUAUUUAUUAUCCCUCGUAGAAGAUCUAAGCCAAUAGAAUCAGUGAGCUGUGUACAGGGUGAAUGAAUUUAUUUUAUAAAGUAAAUGGGUGGACUUACAUAAUAUAAUUGAAGAAGCUGUGAUGAAGUGUGAAUAAAGG